AUGGAAGAACUUGGAAUCCAGACCCCUGUGGUGCCUCCAUUGGCCCUUCCAAAAGCAAAAGACUGGCAGCCCCAAGAUGAACUGUUGGACAUCUACUUGAAGUUAAAAAAAUUGCAGAAAGAGUUGGAUCUCUUGAUGUUACAAGAAGACUACAUCAAAGACGAACAGCGCCACUUAAAGAGAGAGUUGGUGCGUGCACAGGAAGAGGUUAAGCGUAUCCGGUCAGUGCCAUUGGUCAUUGGCCAGUUUUUGGAGCCCAUCGACGAGAAUACCGGUAUUGUCUCGAGCACAACUGGCUCCAACUACGUGGUUCGUAUUUUGUCCACCUUAGACAGGGAGUUGUUGAAGCCUUCAUCGUCGGUUGCUUUGCACCGUCACUCCAAUGCAUUGGUGGACAUUUUGCCACCAGAAGCAGACUCGCUGAUUGCCAUUGUGGGUGAUAAUCAGAAGCCUGAUGUCACCUACGCUGACGUGGGUGGCUUGGACAUGCAGAAACAAGAAAUCAGAGAGGCUGUCGAAUUGCCUUUGACUCAAGGUGACUUGUACUCGCAAAUCGGUAUUGAUCCACCUCGUGGUGUGUUGCUCUACGGUCCACCAGGUACUGGUAAGACCAUGUUGGUGAAAGCCGUGGCUAACUCCACCACUGCCUCGUUUAUUCGUAUCAACGGUUCCGAGUUUGUACAGAAGUACUUGGGAGAAGGUCCCAGAAUGGUGAGAGAUGUGUUUAGAUUGGCUAGAGAAAACUCGCCAGCCAUCAUUUUCAUUGACGAGAUUGACGCCAUUGCUACCAAGAGAUUUGACGCCCAGACUGGUGCUGACCGUGAGGUGCAGAGAAUUUUGUUGGAAUUGCUCAACCAGAUGGAUGGUUUCGACCAGACCUCCAAUGUUAAGGUGAUUAUGGCCACCAAUAGAGCUGACACCUUAGACCCUGCAUUGUUGAGACCAGGAAGACUAGACAGAAAGAUUGAGUUCCCCUCGCUUAAGGACAGAAGAGAACGGCGGUUGAUUUUCUCUACUGUGGCUUCGAAGAUGGCUUUGGCACCCGAGGUGGAUUUGGACUCGUUGAUUGUGCGUAACGAUCCAUUGUCUGGAGCGGUCAUUGCUGCCAUCAUGCAAGAAGCCGGAUUACGUGCUGUCAGAAAGAACAGAUACAUGAUUUUGCAGAGCGAUUUGGACGAGGCCUAUGCUGCACAGGUGAAGACAGGCACCGAGCACGAUAAGUUCGACUUCUACAAGUGA